AUGACGGACACUAAUGAAAACAUUCCCUUAUACUUACUCACUUAUAACUGUAAUAAACAAAAGCUUGAUUAUGAUUUAGUUAUCCCAAAAAUUAUGGAAUCAUUACCUGAUCAAUUAUCAACGUUGUACGUUUUUGGAUUAGAAGAACUAUGUUCGAUUAUUGAUGGAUGUUUUGUGGAGAAUGCUAGUAAUCACUUAAUAAAGUUCAAUAAGUUCUUUAUUGAGGCGUUGAAUAGAAAAUAUGGAACGGAAGACGUAAAGUUCCACACAAUUGGCAUGAACCAUAUUGGGGCAAUUGGUAUUAUUGCCAUUACUCCGUACCCUCUGAAAUUUCAUAAACUUAGACUAGGCAGAAGUGGGUGUGGAUACGGAUACUCGUCAAUGAAGGGUGCUGCAGGUAUAAGAUUAUCGUAUAUUCCAGAAGGAAGGCAUGAAUCUACAAAAAGUCCAGUGGAGAUGACAUUUGCUAAUUUCCACUUAUCCGCUUAUGAAGGCGAUCAUUACUUUCAGAAGAGAAAUAAUGAAGUCAAUCUGUUAAUGAGGUCAAUGGACUUUGGAGAUGGUUACAGUUUAUUGAAACCAAGAGCCCAUUGUUUUGUCAUGGGAGACCUAAACUAUCGUACUACUAAAAAGUAUGACCCCAAUUCUGCAUCGUUUAAUCAGCUCUUGAAUUUACAAGACCAAAGUAAGCUUGACCAUGGCGAUAUCGAAGAACUUGUCAAAAAUUACGAUGAAUUGACCGAAGAAAGACAUAAUGGUAAUAUAUUUGCUGGAUUUAGUGAGGCAUGUAUCAAUUUCAGGCCGACUUACAAAUAUCACUUGAACACCGCCAUAUACAAUCGGAAACGGUCUCCUUCGUGGUGUGAUAGGAUCUUGUACCAAUCCACUUAUAAAAAUAACUUAUCUCUGGUAUUGUCUCGUAAAAAGGAAUCAUCUCCUGUGUUGCCCCAAGUACAUGAAUAUGGUUCCAUACAGUCCAUACUAUCAUCAGAUCAUCAACCAGUCUACUUAUCAAUAACAGUUCCAACAUCUCCUCCUGAAUCCAUUAUAUCAGCACAUGGAUAUCUACAAGUUCUUCCCAGCGAAACUCCGAAUAAUCAUUUUCGUCACGAUACAAACGACCAAGGAAUGGAUGUUUCUGACGAAUCGAUCAUUGGCGCAACUCAAAUAUACAUGAAAUCUACUGUACUCGACAGACUUAUCCAAGGAUAUAUCAGAAAAAUUAGUGACUUUUCAAUUGGCCAGGGUCUUUGGUUCAGCUCUACUUCAAAAGGAAGGUUAGCCUUAUUACUCGUGGCUUUAUUUUGCUGGGGUGCAUAUUACGUUAUAUAA